GGCUGCCCAGGGUAUUGGGGUCAGGGUGGCAUUAGCCCAGCUCAAGCCGAGCUGGGCUGACUCAGCAUCCUGCCCCGGCCAAUCCCCAGCCCUGACAGCUCUGCUCUCCCUUGGGUAGAGAUGGGAGAUGGCGCCGGUGUUGCCCCUGGUGCUGCCCCUCCAGCCCCGCAUCCGUCUGGCACAGGGGCUCUGGCUCCUCUCGUGGCUUCUGGCGCUGGCUGGUGGCCUCACCCUCCUCUGUAGCGGGCAUCUCCUGGUCCAGCUGUGGCACCUUGGCACCUUCCUGGCUCCCUCCUGCCCAUUCGCUGCCCUGCCUCAGGUUGCCCUGGCAGCCGGUGCAGUGGCUCUGGGCACAGGACUGGUGGGUGCAGGAGCCAGCAGGGCCAGUCUGGAUGCGGCUCAAUACCCUCCCUGGCGAGGGGUCCUGGGCCCACUGCUGGUGGCUAGCACUGCUGGGGGCGGGGGGCUCCUGGUCCUUGCCCUGGGGCUAGCCCUGGCUCUACCUGGGAGUCUGGACAUAGGGCUGGAGGAGGGCCUGGCGACUGCCUUGGCUCACUACAAGGACACAGAGGUGCCUGGACACUGUCAUGCCAAACGGCUGUUGGAUGAGCUGCAGCUCAGGUACCACUGCUGCGGACGCCAUGGGUACAAGGAUUGGUUUGGGAUCCAGUGGGUCAGCAGCCGUUACCUGGAUCCCAAUGACCAGGACGUGGUUGACCGGAUCCAGAGCAAUGUGGAAGGCCUAUAUCUGAUUGACGGGGUCCCUUUCUCUUGCUGCAACCCCCACUCACCCAGGCCUUGCCUGCAAAGCCAGCUCUCAGACCCACAUGCUCACCCCGUCUUCGAUCCCCGACAACCCAACCUAAAUCUCUGGGACCAAGGAUGCCAUGGUGUGCUGCUGGGGCAGCUGCAAGGGUUGGCAAGCACACUGGGCAGCAUGCUGGCUGUCACCUUUGUGCUGCAGACUCUGGUGCUCCUGGGCCUGCGGUACUUGCAAACAGCACUGGAGGGGCUUGGAGGAGUCAUCAAUGGGGAGGGAGAAACACAGGGCUAUCUCUUUCCUAGUGGGCUGAAAGGCAUGCUGAAAACAGCAUGGCUAAAGGGAGGGGUUGCCCACAGGCCAGCACCUGAGGAGGCCCCAUCACUAGAGGCCCCUCCUAAGGAGGGUCUACCUGAGGCCUAGUGGCCUAGAGCUUGGGGUGGGCAUUGGGAGGGGGGGAAGGGGAGGGAUGGACAAGACAGGAAACCUCACAACUCCUUACCAAGGCUCUCGGGGAGGGGGGGCCCUGGGAUUAGAGGGGUUAAAGAUAGUCAGUGAGCUGGACGGGGGUAGGAGAGAAAACCUGGUAUCCUAGAGCCCAGCCCCUGUGGCCGAACCACCAGGGAACAGAGGAAAACAGGGCAAUGACAAGGACUGGAGAUUGCUUCUGGUGCACAGACUCAAUAAAGCUUUUGGACUGAAGCCACCGAUCUCUCUCUUCAUCUGGGUUGGGGUCCCUGAGAGAACUGAUUUCUGUCUGAUAGAGAAGCCAGGAUGACAAAGUUUGGACCCUGGUA